UCUCCCAGUGAAGAAAACCUCUCGAGCAACAAGAAAGAAGAAGGAAAGGAAAAUGGCUCUGAACCACUAUCCCAUCGCCUUGAAAUAUUCCCACAAGUACCCUUCUUUUGCUCUUCCCCCGAAGCCAAAUCUCAAAUCUCCCAAUUUUCUCAGGGCCUCCACCCUCAGCUCCGCCUCCACAGAGGUUGAGAGUCUCGAGAAGCCUUUCAGCCCUCCUCGCGAGGUUCAUGUUCCAGUAACACACUCAAUGCCACCCGAAAAGAUAGAGAUCUUUAAGAACCUGGAGGGUUGGGUCGAGGAGAACAUCUUGGUUCAUUUAAAGCCAGUGGAGAAAUGUUGGCAACCACAGGAUUUUCUUCCCGAUCCCGCUUCCGAUGGAUUUCAUGAUCAAGUCAUGGAAUUAAGGGAAAGGGCAAAGGAGAUUCCGGACGAUUACUUCGUUGUUUUGGUUGGAGGCAUGAUCACAGAAGAAGCACUUCCUACUUACCAAACAAUGCUAAAUACCGGAGAUGGUACUAGGGACGAAACGGGGGCGAGCCUCACUUCUUGGGCAGUGUGGACUAGGGCUUGGACUGCUGAAGAAAACAGGUAUGGCGAUCUUCUCAGUAAGUACCUCUACCUAUGUGGACGAGUAGACAUGAGGCAAAUUCAGAAGACACUUCAGUAUCUGAUUAGGUCAGGAAUGGAUCCUGGAACCGAAAACAGUCCCUACCUCGGUUUCAUCUACGCGUCGUUCCAAGAACGAGCAACAUUUAUCUCCCACGGGAACACAGCUCGGCAUGCCAAAGAGUACGGGGACUUGAAGUUGGCUCAAAUUUGCGGGACCAUUGCCUCUGAUGAGAAGCGCCACGAGACUGCUUAUACCAAGAUAGUCGAAAAGCUCUUUGAGAUCGACCCGGAUGCAACCGUGCUGGCUCUGGCCGACAUGAUGAGGAAGAAAAUAACUAUGCCGGCCCACUUGAUGUACGAUGGUCACGAUGACAAUCUGUUUGACCAUUUCUCGUCCGUGGCUCAGAGGCUUGGAGUCUACACCGGCAAGGACUACGCUGAUAUCUUAGAGUUUUUGGUUGGGAGGUGGAAGGUGGAGGACAUAACUGGGCUUUCUUCGGAGGGACGAAAAGCCCAGGAUUUUGUUUGUGGGUUGCCUCAAAGAAUUAGGCGGCUGGCUCCAGGCAGGGCAAAAGAAGCACGGUAUGUUCCGUUUAGCUGGAUCUUCGAUAAAGAAGUGAAGAUCUAAGGGCCUACUGCAACUCUCUUGCCACAAAAAUCAGAAAUUGAAAUAAUAGAACAGGUGACCAUCGAUGAUGGCUUAGAUAUACAAGUGAAGCUAUGGUUUUCAAUGAUGGCUUAGACUUUCAUAAUUCGAUGUUGCUUGAAAUUAUAUUAUUUCGCAUUUCUGCGAUGGCCGAAAUGGGGUCGAGUACCCUAGAUUAUUGUAUGACUCUUAAUUAGUUUAUGUUAUGUUCCUGGUUUACCAAAAAAAAAAACUAGUAGAAGUAGUAAACAUGGAGCAAUUUGGAACAAGUAUGUUUUGCAGCUCCAGGGGCAAAAAAGUGUUUGGUAGGAAGCUAAAAGGUCUAGAGAUCAAGAUCUUGGAAGCGCAUCAUAGAAGUUUCUUGUUGUUUUUUAUGUUGCAGCACAAAGCACCGAAUAAUUUUUCGGAAUUGCACCACCAUAAAGAGCAUGUUAUAAUUUUUCAUGCCAUAGUCUACGCACAACCUUAUAUA